UUAUAAAAUAUAAAAAAAAUAAUAUUCAAUAUGAAAGAAGAAAAUAUUUUAUAUGGGCCAUCAUUAUCUGAUGUGAAAUUUAAAAAUAUAUCAUUAGGACAAUUGAUUUUAAAUCAAUUAAGUAUUCGUGAUUCUUGGAUAGCACAAAUAGAUGCUUAUACAGGAAAAACACAAACAUUUAAAGAAAUUUUAGAAAUUAGUCAAAAAUUAGCAAUUGCUCUUAGUAAAGAAGGAUUAAGAAAAGAUGAUCGAAUAGCUAUAUGUAGUGAAAACAAUCUAGAAUUUUGUCUAAUAGUUUGUGCUGCAUUUUAUUUAGGUGUUACUGUUUGCCCAUUGAAUCCACUUUAUACAGAAAGAGAAUUAAAACAUGCAUUAAAUAUAUCCAAACCAAAAUACAUUUUUAUAUCGAUAUUUGGAGCAAAAAAUAUAUAUAAAAUUAUACCUCAAUUAUUCUGGUUGCCAAAACUUAUAAUAUUAACAGAAUCUACAAAUAAUAAAUUACCAAGUAUUAACAGUCUAACAUCAAACAUAAUCAUUGAUAAUAACUUUCAUGCCUGUUCAGUAAAUGUUAAUGAUCAUGUGGCAGUUAUUUCAUGUUCCAGUGGCACUACAGGAUUGCCAAAAGGAGUAAUGUUAACAGAUAAAAAUUUUUUGUCUGUAAUAAAAAAUCUUGCAGCUGUAUCACCUAAUAUUUUAAAUACCAAUAUAACAAGUUUAGCCUUAUUGCCCUUUUUCCAUGUAUAUUCCUUUUCUGUAAUGUUAGUAGGACUUAUUUUUGGAAAUAAAAGUAUUAUUCUUCCACGUUUUGAAGAAAAAAUGUUCUUACAUGCCAUAGAAAAGUACAAAAUUGAGCACAUAACUGUUGUACCACCACUUAUGGUAUUUUUAGCAAAACAUCCAAUUGUAGAUAAAUACAAUUUAUCUAGCAUUAAAGAGAUUUGGUGUGGUGCAGCACCUCUAUCCGAGGAAAUUGCAAAAAUGGUUGCAAAAAGAUUAAAUGUACCAACAAUAAAGCAAGGAUAUGGACUAACAGAAACUACAUUGGCUGUUAUGAACUCACCUGAUAAUAAUACAGAAUAUAAAAGUGUAGGAACGUUGGUACCAGGAAUAGCAGCAAAAGUAAUACCAAUCAAUGGAGAUAAAUCAAGUAAACCUCUAGGACCACAUAAUAUCGGUGAAUUAUGCUUUAAAGGAGAUUUAAUAAUGAAAGGAUAUUGUGAUAAUGAACAGGCUACAGCAAUAACAAUUGAUAAAGAUGGCUGGUUACAUUCAGGAGAUGUAGGAUAUUAUGAUGAACAGGGUUAUUUCUAUAUAGUAGAUCGUUUGAAAGAACUCAUUAAAUACAAGGGAUUUCAAGUUCCACCUGCUGAAUUAGAAGCAAUAUUAUUAACAUGUCCUGAAAUUAAAGAUGCAGCAGUUAUUGGACUACCACAUGAAGAAGCAGGAGAACUACCCACUGCUUUUAUUGUUAAACAAAAAGGAUCUAAUAUAACGGCGGAAGAUAUUAUUAAAUUCGUAAAUGAACGGGUAUCGAGUCAUAAACGACUUCGAGGCGGCAUAAAAUUCAUUGAAAAUAUUCCAAGAACUGCAUCGGGAAAAAUUUUGCGUCGAGUAUUACGUGAUACACUCAAAUCAAAAUUAUAAAAUAUCAGCAAAAAAAUAUGAAGUAUCAUCAAUUUAAAUA